AUGGCUAAGAUGGCAGCCUCCGCGGUGGAGAGUGGAGAGGACGCGUUUCGGAAAAUUUUCAAGUUUUACAGGAGGCGAAGCCCCCCACCUGACUUCAGCAAGGUGAUUGACUUCUCCAGGUGUGCCCCGAGUGAGCAGAUUGUUCCAGUUAACCUUGACCCUGCAGCAGUGAGCGACGUGGAAGCCAGCAGAGUCGGAUUACAGCCCGUCAGAGAGUGGCGAGCCUUCGGCCUGCGGGGACACCCAGGGUUCAUCUUCAUCUCUAAUCCAUUCCUGUGCGGUGCGCAGCCUUUCUGGCUCAGACAGUGUCUGAAGAUCUACCCCCAGAAACCAAAUAUCUGCAACCUGGACAUGCACAUGCCCUCCUCAGAGACCCAGGACAUCUGGGGCAAGAGUGUUCACAGCCUCAGAUUUGCUCUGGCUGGAAAAAGAGAAGCGAAGACUCUCCUGGAGAGGCUGCGCUGGGUCACUCUGGGCUAUCAUUACAACUGGGACACAAAGACGUACUCUGCCAGCAAUCACACGCCUUUCCCACGUGACCUCCACCAUCUGUCUGUCCACAUCACGGCUGCCUGUGGUUUCCCUGGCUUCAUCUCGGAGGCAGGAAUCCUCAACUACUACCGAUCGGACUCUUCUCUGGGGAUCCAUGUGGACGAAUCGGAGCUGGAUCACACUCGGCCGCUGCUGUCAUUCAGUUUUGGUCAGUCAGCCAUCUUCCUCUUGGGCGGACCCUGCAGACAGGACCCCCCCACAGCAAUGCUCAUGCACAGUGGGGAUGUGAUGGUGAUGUCUGGCCCGAGCCGCCUUUUGUACCAUGCAGUCCCACGCAUCCUCCCCGCACCUCCGGGCCAUUUGGCCUUAGAGAAGGGAGACUGUGGUCCGGCCUCGUCCCUGCAGGACGGCUCUGUGCUGGAGCCGGUGUCCGAAGAGGACUGGGCCGUCUGUUCCAGGUACAUCCAGAGCUCCAGAGUGAAUGUGACCAUCAGACAGGUGCUGGCACCUGGGCAGAAAUUUCCAGAAACUCCCUCUUCUUACCAAAGAACAGGUGCAGGACAGAAGGAUGGGUACAAUGAUGGAGAGGCAGACGGAGAGAGUGGAAAGAGGAAGAGGAGCAGCAGUGACUCUGCUGAUACAGUAGAGACAUGAAACACACUCAGAGGACUUUUAGACUUUGCACCAGAGAGCUCCUUUGCACUGGCAGUUCACCUCCAUGAAGGAGGGUUUGUGACUGGUUAUUUGGUUUGUUUGUUUAAGGCUUUACGAGUGGAUUAGCAUGGAAAUGUUGCCAGAGGUGAGAUACGACCCAAAUUAGGAGAGAACAUUUGGGCUACGUUCACACUGCAGCCUGACGUGACCCAAAACCGAUUUUUUUCACCCUCAUGCGACCUGUAUCCGAUCUUUUCGUGCCAGUCUGAACAACACAAAUCCGAUUUUUUUCAAAUGCGACCCAGGCCACUUGCAUAUAUGGUCCUAAAUCUGAUACCUAUCCGAUCUUUUCAAAUGCGACCUGUGUGCGUACGGCCAGGUCGCAUUUAUCCGACCUGCAUGUCAUUGAUACUCAACAAACGUCACUAUUCUGCGUUACGUGGACGCGGGAAGGAAAACAUGUGACUUCCGCAAACAUUGAGCACGCUCGCUACAUGUGAUGUUAUCGCGUCCUCUACUGCGCAUGCGGGACACUUUCAGGUUCGUCUGCUGUUCACACACACGCUGUUCACAUGCUGUUCAUCACAUCCAUAUAUUUGGAAAUGUGAACGACUGCACAAAAAAAUCGUAUUUCACAAAAAAUCGGAAUUGGGUCACUUCAGGCUGCAGUGUGAAUGUAGCCUUGGAUCUGUGCUAACCUGGUUAGUCAGCGUUAAAAUGAUGUUUAACACUGUGAGAUAUGACACGCCCAGCCCUCACAAAUAUGAUGAACUAAUUCAGAUCAGAAAACUUCACAUCGGUGAUGAUCUGAGGAAAAUAAUCCAGAGCCAGAGUGGAGGGGACGUAGUUUUUCUGUUGUAUGAUUUGCACUCACUAACAGCAGAAGAAACAAGAGGGCAGUAAAACCAGCCACCUGAGACUGUUGAGUUCAGGUUACUCAGACUGAGAGUGCCAGGAGUGGAGAGCCAAGACACCCAAAAUCCUUGUUUAAAUGAGCCCCUCCUGCUCUGAGAACAUUAAAGUCAAGUAAAGCAGGCAAGCAUCAAACAUUUAUUAAUAUUUGAUUUUUUUUUUUUUACCAAAUAUGUUCUUGUACAAUAACAAUUCACUGAAUCUUCUUCAUGAGAAGCUUCUGCAGUUUUUCUCAAUCAUUAAACAAAGCCUGACGUUCAUGUUGAAACACGGAGGACAUUUCAUUUGUUGUGUAAAUGCAUCUUGUGCUCAUGUUGUAUCAUUUCUUGAUGCUUUGUAGUGUGACUGUUGGUAAAUAGAUUAAAGGUGAC